AUAAUAAAAACUCCAAACACUUUGUGGGAUAAAAUUAAAAACUAUUGGACCAACUUUCAAUUUCUGAUAAUGUUAGCAACUAGCUAUAAAAUUAUCAAAAGCCACCCUGUUUUUAUUCCUCCUCGCGGAAGAUGCACACGAGACGAGACGAGACGAGACGAGACGAGACAACGACACUGGGGAUCAGUUAAUGCAGAUUUAAGGAUUUUUCCCUUCCUUAACCACCUCCAUUAUUUUGAUGUUUCAUUUUCCCACUUGUUUUCCUUCACUUUCCCGGUAUCCAAACAUGGUCUCAACCACCGCCAUGACUUGUCUUUGUUUUUCAUCUUCCAUUUCCUUUGUUAAACGCCGUGAUUCGGUUUCUGAAAACUGUCGGACCGGAUUAAACACAAGAGGAAAAUCAAGAUUCCCGUUUAAAUCACUUAAGUGGACUCAGGAGUCGGAUUUAAAUCAUAUGCUUGCCGUCUCUUGCUCGGGAACGAUUGAAACUCCGGCGAGAACAGCCGGCGGACAGGUUCCAGAGAAGGUUCGGCUUCUGGCCUUGGAAUUUGAAUCUUUAACGGAACCGAUCGAUCGUGUGAAGCGGCUUUUGCAUUACGCGGCGGUGCUGCAGCCGUUUGACGAGUCGGCUCGCGUGCCGGAGAAUAAAGUGACCGGAUGCACGACGCAGGUGUGGCUGGUUGCGCGGAUGGAUAAGAACGGGAAGGUGAGGUUCAGAGCCGAUAGCGAUUCGGAGAUCACGAAAGGAUUCUGCUCGUGCUUGAUUUGGAUGCUGGACGGAGCGGAUCCAGAGGAAGUGGUUGGGGUGAAGGGCGAGGAUUUGGCGGAGAUGAACGUGGGAGUCCACGGAAAGGAGCAGUCGCGGGUGAACACGUGGCACAAUGUGUUGAUGGGUAUGCAAAAGAGGACCAGGGAUUUGGUGGCGGAGCGGGGAGAUGGAAAGUCGCCCUUUCCUUUGAGGAUAUCUCGAUAUAGAGAUUUGUAUUUUCAAUAAUGCAAGGUUCAAUUUUUAAAAAAUAUAUAUAUAUAUAUAUAUUAAAUGGUAAAUUAUA